UACUUUCUAAAAGCUAUAUUUAGUUUAUAAAACCUAUUAGUUGAAAGUUGAAUUAACAAUUUAAUAUGAUAUUUUGCUGUUUCAGUUGAUCAGGUUAGCAAAUAUUCCGUCGGAAGAGGAUGUUGAACGAUGAAGAAGUAGAUCAAGUAUUUGAAAUGUUUGAAAUUUCAAAUCUCAAAAUGGUCGCUGAUCUUUUUUUUUUUUAGAUUGAUUCGUCGUCAGUAUGCGUUUCUCAAUAGUGACUUUUCAGAGGGCACCACUGAUGUGUAUGUGUUUUAUAUCGAAUUUUAUGUGUCACAAUUCUGUGAAAAAAGAAUUACAAUUCGACCUAAGUUCGCGUUUGUUACACUACACUCUGUAAUUAUUUAAAUCCGUUGUGAUACAACGUCACAUUACACAAAUGAAUAUAAAAAUUUGCAAUUUUACAAUUAGUCGAAAUAGUAUAUUUAAAAACGUAUUAUUGCAAAAGAUGAAUAAUAUGACACAAACGAAACCUAUAGAAUCAUCGAUAAGAAAGAAACUAAAAGAAUCAUUCGAUCCGUAUUUCAUUGAUGUUAUCAAUGAAUCUUAUAUGCACAAUGUACCUAAGGGAUCAGAAACGCAUUUUAAAGUAGUAGUUGUUUCUGAACAGUUCAAUGAUAAACCACUGAUUAUGCGUCAUCGUAUGGUACACGAUUUAUUAAAAGUUGAAUUACAUGACAUACACGCACUUUCCAUCGUAGCAAAGACACCUGAACAAUGGGAAAAAAGUAAUAAAACAUUUACGCCCAGCCCUGCAUGUAGAGGAGGUUUCGGAAAAUGAUAUGUAUCAGUACAUAAUAAAGAUUGUAUAUAAAUAUUGAUAUGAACGUUGAAAUAUACUGAAUAAAAUUUAAUAAAAUAA